CCUACUGGAUGUCUACCUAGGGAGGUGUUCCAGGCAUGUCCCAUCGGGAGGAGACCUCGGGGAAGACACAGGACACACUGGAGGGACUAUGUCUAUCGGCUGGUCUGGGAACAUCUCGGGAACCCCCUAGAAAAGCUGGAGGAAGUGUCUGGGGAGAGGGAAGUCUGGGGUUCUCUCCUAAGGCUGCUGCCUCUGCGACCCGUUCCCGGAAAAGUGGCUGAAAAUGAAUAAAUGAAUGAAUGAAUGAAUGAAUAGCAACAAAUGAGAACAAUUUUUUAGGGAAAGGCAAAAAAAAAAAAUAGAAUUAAAUAGAAAUAAAAGAGAAUUAAACUGGGGUCAGUGACGAAUUUCAGGCAGAAAAAAACAAAAGACAUUAAAAUGAAGCCUAAUUAGAAAUCAACAGAUGCAUUCAUGAUGAUUCAUGUGUUUGUCAUUCUUCAGAAAUGUACAAUGCUUGAUAUUUAUGAAUGGUCUGUUUUUGAAGUUGUAUUGAAGUUUUACUUAACUUCUGCAUUUCUCUCGUCUGGGAAAUUUUGGUACAGUUUUUAUAGAGUCUCAUACAGCUCUGCGUGUGCGUGUGCGAGUCGAGGCAGUUGAAGUGUAUUUUAGGAAGUGACGCUGCCGCCCACCAUCAGGAAAUGGACUGUUUCUUUUAGCAGAUGUAAGUCAUGGGCUGAAGGCACAUCGCUCUUGUAUCACACUCAAAUACCAAACAUAUUUUGAUCUGCAGGUACAGACAGAGAGCAGAGGUAAACGGUAAGCCACAGUGGGAACCUACAGCGGCUAAACAACACGUGAAACAAAGCACGGUUGAUUUCAAACCUGAGAGUCUCAUCACAAGAAGAACGUAAGCCCUGGAUGCUUCGUGAUGUGUGAGGUAUUAAUUGUUCACAGCGGCGAGGCCAGAGAAUGGGCAGAUUAUCUCCAGCAGAUCCUGGCGGCCUCAUGUAGCUUUCAGGAGGGCUCUGUCGUUCUGUAUGAUGUGGAUGAAGAGAUUUGUCUAAAAAACUAUGGACCUUUUGGCUCCAGCAAGUGCAUUCUUCUUCUGCUGACCUCUGGGCUCGUGAACCUGCAGAAUGACUCUGUGGUGCUGGACACUUUUCGGGAUCUUCUUCACCCUCCGCAUAAAGUUGUGGCCUUUUUGUGUGGUGUUUCAGAAGAGCUAAUGUCAGGGUAUUUUGAGUACUGGGAGCAAUGGAGAAAAAUCUUUUCAGAAGAUGAGCCACAAGUUUAUGUGUCCACCAUCCGGGAGUCUAUUGAUGAGGGAUCUGUCCUGCAACAUCAGUGCCAGAAUACAUAUGAAAUUGAACCAGAAGAGCCCUUGGAGGACUUGCCGUUGCCCGACUUUUCUGAGAUUUUACCUUUGCCAGAUGAGCUGAAUGAGCAUCAGCUUAAUGGGGAUGAAGUGUGUUCAUUUCUGCAAACCAGUUUAAAUACCUCUAAUGACCAAAUCUGUCUCUCUGUCCAGCCUGACCGAAUACUGUGUGGGAGUGGUGUGAGUAUUUUUGUAAUGCUGGUGCAGAAGUGUGAGGAUGAGGACAGUGUGGAGGUGGAGUUUCACUCCCAGCAGUCGCCACCUCUGCGUCUGCCUGGAACUCUAGUCAACCAGUGCAUUGUUACUGUUCAGUCACCUGAUAUGCCAGCUGGGGAAGUAUCAUUGACGGUUUAUAAAAAUCAGUCUGUGUUAUGCUCAUCAACUGUAACAUAUUAUACAGAAAUGGAGGAAAUUUGCAGAUAUCUAAAGAAAGCAACUGAUCCAGUGCAGUUCAUGUGUCAGGCAUUUGAUAUCACAUCAAAGCUCCAAGAGUCGUUAGAUAAUUUGCUUGCUACCUCUCUUGAAGAACGGAUGCCUGUAAAUGGAUUACAAGUAUUCGGAAUUAGUCAAAUUGAAGAAAACACAGCAGCAAAUCACCGUGAUGUGGAACUCCCAACGCUGCUUCACUUUUCUGCCAAAUAUGGCUUAAAAAAGUUAACAUCUUUGUUAAUGCGGUGCCCCGGAGCCAUGCAGGCUUACAGUGUGAUGAACAAGGAUGGGGAUUACCCCAAUAAGCUGGCCGAGAAGAGCGGUUUCUCUGAUUUAAGACAGUUCAUGGAUGAAUAUGUUGAGACAGUGGAUUUAGUGAAGACGCACAUUGAGGAAUCUCAGAACGCCCCCGAAAGUGAGGACAUCUAUGAGGAUAUGCUGAGAGCUUCCCAGAACUUCAUCUCUGAGUUCGAUAAUGAGAACAUUUAUGAGUCUAUGGUGAAGCUCAAUCCUGAGAUGGGCGAUGAGUUAGAAAGUGCUUUGGGGGACUCCAACCCAGAGAGAAUGCUCAGAAAGUUUUUUGAAGGACCACCUGAAAAGGGUUUUCAGUCCAUGAAACAUAAUUCAACCAAUGGUGGAUUGCCUGAAAUGGAUGAUGAGGAUUACCACGACAUGGGUGUUAAAGUAGAUGUCUAUGGAGAUUUUGAAGAGGAGGACCCUUAUAACCCCUGCUGCCCUGAGCAAAUUUAUGACACAGUGGAGCCUCAUUCCAGUCCUGAAGUGAUGAACCGUCCACCCGCACCCAUCCCUCGACCAGCCAAACUGCCCGAACCUGAAGAAAACACAACCUACAUUUCUAAAGUAUUUUGCCCCAAGGACCCUCUGUACUCAGUAAGCCAGCGACCAGAAAGGGAUCCCUCUAUAGCACCUGUGCGGCUGGUGAGAGACAGAGACAUGAGCAGUCACCAUGACCCAUUUGCGGGCAUGAAGACCCCUGGACAGAGGCAGCUCAUCUCUCUGCAGGAGAGGGUGAAGGUUGGAGAGCUGACUGUUGAAGAGGCCGUGCAGGAGUUUAAGGCUUGGCAGUUUGACCAGGAUAAAAGAUGGCGCUCUCUACGCUUUCAACAAGAAAAUUUACACCGAUUAAGAGAAAGCAUCACCCGACGCUGUAAAGACAAAGGAACAAAUGAGCUCAUGAUUACAGCUCCGAUGCAAACGAACACUCAGUGGGGAUCUCAAAUGAAUGUGAACUGCUCAGUUUACGAACCCACACCUAGGACGGUUGUGCAACCCCCUUCUGUCAAUCGAGCACCGCAGAGGGGAAGCUGGCAGACAGGAAGCACCUCCAGCACUUCUAGCAGUAGCAGUCACAGAUUGAGCAUUCAGAGCACAGUCAGCAACAGCAGUGGUGUGGACGGUGAAGAGGAGCCUCCAGACAUUCCUCUUCCUCCACGCCCCCUGCGGCCUGUAGUGGACUCUCCUCCAAUCCUUCCUCCACCCAGAGUCCCUCCACGAGUGAUAGAAAGGAGCCCAGAGAUACUGAACGAGCGUUAUGUAUCCAAUCCAUCCCGCCCUGUUCCUCAGAAUCCUGCACAAAGACCUAUACCACCUCCGCCGGUACCCAGACGGACAUGGUGAAGGUCUGGCUUUCCUUCUGUGUGAAUCUGCACUUUUUCUUGACGAGUCUCUUCAAGAUGGAGCUAAAGAUGCUGACUUUGAUUCCACUGCGCUGUCAGUCAGGGAUCUUACAGAGGUUUUGUAUGAAGGCGUCUCUGAAGAGCACUGCUUUAGAUUCUUUUAACCAACUGCAGAAUGUGCAGGGGAUUGUGGGAUAUCAUAGACAGAAAAACCCAUCUAUGAUACUGCCAGAUAGCAAACAGGAUAUUAUGCAAACAUCUUGAUGCUGUCUUUUCAAAUCUGCCUGUGAAUGCAGCAUGUUUUAAGUUUUGGUCUCAACAAAUCGAAGACUUCUUUGAAGACUUCUUUGAGCGUUUGAACCGAUCUAGACACAAUGAACUUAAUUUAUAUAUAUUUUAAGUGAUAUAUCGGUUUUUGCUCUUUGAGUGUUGUGUUAGUGACAGCAAAUGGCAAGCUUAAUAACUUGCUUUUUCUUUUUUCAUUCUGCAACUAAACCUCUUGUGGAUUGAUUAUAGCUAUAGCACAAACUACUUGAAGUUGCAUAAUUUUCUUCACUAUUUAUUUAUGUACUUUUUCUGAUAGCUAAGCUAUAUCUCACCCAAAGAGAAGCAAAGAAGCGGAAACAGUGUAUUUAAUAGCAUAAAGAGUGUGAAUGCACAGUGUGAAAAGUACUGAUAUGUGUGCGUGCUCAUACAAUGUGCCCUAGCUAUCAAUGAAGAGGAAGGGGCAAAAACAGAAAUGUUACAAAUAAAUCAAAAGGAAAACAGAGAAUCAUCAGGGAAUUGUUCACAAUAUGUUAUAGAAUAAGCAAUUUGAAAGCAGAUAUUUUAUGUGUUUUUGUCAUUGUGUUGUGUGGAGAACUGAUAAAUAUGAACAUUAACAAUCAACCUUUUCCAUUUUGAAAUAUUACAAGCAAAUCUAACAUUUUACACGUUUAAUAAAUGUAAAACAGUACUUGAGAAUCAA